AGGGGAGGCUGGAGGAAGGUUAGGCCAGGGGAGGCCAGGCAAGAGAUUGUGCUGGCUGAUUAGGGCAGCUGCUGUCGCUUUCAUCCCUGUCACCCCUGGCAUGGUGUGGUUGCUGAGGAGCCCAGCCUGGAGGGGGGCCGUGGUAAUGAAUUUGUGCUCUAUUUUGUAAUGAAAGUUUCAUUUGUAGUUUGUUUACAAGAAAGAAGAGAUUAGCAGAGAGAAAGCUCCCGAGAACUCAGGGAGGAAAGGAAAAGAGCUCUCAGGCUGAGAGGAAGUGGAGGGGGUGCUGGUUGGAUUGAGUGGAAUUUGUGACUGGGGCAGCUAGGUAGAAUGGGCAGAAGACAGUAGAAUGGGCACAUGACAGAAAGCAACCCCAAACAUUGGGUGCAUGGAGCCCGAAACAUUGGGUGCAUGGGUCACCCUGUAGUUUCAAGGGCCACAUUGACUUUGUGCAAAAGAAGAGUGUAACAUGGUGCCCUGGGAAGGUUGGUCUUGUGAACUGAUGAAGGUGGAAGUUUCAGAAUCGAAAGGGAAAUCCAGCUGCUCAUUUGUAUUUGGGGUGGUGGUGGGCAUUUUGCAGGCAAUUUACAGUUAUUCAGAAGGCUAUAAGAUUUCUGAUUGGGGUGGAGAAAAGAAAGUGGCAGUGUUCACUUAUCUGCUGUGGAUGAGAGAAGGAGCAAAGGUUUUAAACAAGUUAGUAAAAAGCCGUAUGUCUGGCUACCUGGGAUGAGCAAGAGUGGCUCUAGACAAUCGGGAAGGGAGAAUUCUGUUUGUGGGAAGAGAUCUGGUCUUUUUUAUUAAUUUGAAGACGAUGACAUGCUACAAGUGUCUAAUGCAGGCGUGUUUGGGCAAGUGGCUAGUAAAUAAAAAUAAUGUGAGCUGGAAACUUUUGUGGGCUUAAUUCCAAGUCUUUGAAUAAAAAGCUGCAGGGAGGUUGAAUCUGGCAACCUAUUAGGAAGUACCUUCUAAACUGCAAGAGCCAUUCCAUUGGAAUGUGCAUCUGAGAGGCUGGGAAAUAUCAAGAGAAUGUUGGUUCCUGGAUCUGCCAAGGAAGGUUAAAUAAAGGAUGUCCUUUCUUGGGAUUGGGGGGGUGGGAGGACUGUUCUGGAUAAUCUGCCGAGUUCCUUCUAAGUAUGCUGCUUCCUACACUUAUAUAUUUUCUGAUUUUUUCAGCUUAAUGCUUCGGUACAGAGGAUGCUGUUUGUAUGUUUCUCUGUACAGGCAAGGUAACGCUAUACUUCUCUAUAUGGGAGAUUCAAAAGGCCGUGGAUGUAUAUGGCUGAUGUUCUUUCAACCCCAAAAUCUGCAUGCGCUCCUGGCUUUAUCUCACAUGGGUCUCCCUGUUUAUACCACACAGGCUGCUGUGAUUUUCAGUCCAAUGCAGGCCACAUUAUAUGCAUGGGGGGAGCAGAAUUGCAAGCCUUGGAAAGGGGGUACAUGCAUUGCUCACCUUGUGCUUGGUUUAGUAGCAAGUCUGCAAUGCUGGGAGUUGCUGUUUGGCUGUGCCAUCAUUAACAAAAGCUGCCAGGAGAUGCUGCUGACAUUGGGACCUGUCUGGCAGGGCCUCUUAUCACAGGAAUCCAUGUGGCAUAAAGAGGACAGAGAUGGCAAUUGUGGCUGGCACAGAAAGGGCUUCACAAGGAAUCCUCCCAGUGUGGGCUCUUACUGGUUAUGACAAGGCACCCUGGUGAGAUUCUUGGCAAAUGCAGAGCUUAGCUGGUAAUGACAGGAUGCUUGCGAAAACAACGAAGAAGCUUACAGAGAGUUGGUUUUGGUGGCUCGUUUCUCAGCGGUGCAACAUUUCCUGGGAGCUUUGGGUGCCUUCGCUGCUUGGGCUGUCUGUCAGUAGUUUGGCUAAAAUGAAUUGUGGGGUGGGUCUAGCCAAGGAUGCAUAUUAGACUUGUAUUCCAUUCCAUUACACUUUUGCUGCUUGAGUUAUGCCUCUGCCUGCUACAAGCCCUUGGUUUGGGUAGACUAAAAAUGUGGCAUGAAUGAAUAAAGAUUAAGUGUUUACACAUAUACCAAAGUUGAAUGGGGAAAAAUGAAUAUUUGAAAUGUCUUAUAUUGAAACAAGCUACUGCUGCACCUAGCCCUGUGCUGCUUACUCUGACUGGUAGCUCCUCACCAGAGUCACCAGUAGGGCUCCCCCCAAUCAUCUGCCACCUGAGCCUUCUAGUUAGAGUUGUGUGGGGAUUGGACCUCCAUGUAAAGUGAGCCCUGCCGUUGAGCUAUGGUUCCUUUCUGAAAUGUUUUGACUCCCAGGUUCCAGCAUUAAGUAUUCGCAACAGAGGGCACCAAAUCUAGAGAGAAGGCAAGUCUCAGCAAAUUGCACAUGUAGGCUGAACAGAGGAAGGAGCAGGACAACUCUGGUGUCUCAUAAAGUUAAGCGAUAGGGAAAGUAAACUUGGCUGCAGACUAGGCUACCUGAUUUGUGCAAACUAGGUUGUCUGUAUGCCAGGAAGGGUUGAUGAAACGGUUGAUGAAAAGUUACUGAGUCAGCAUAGUGAUGCUGCUGCCAAGGAAGUCACCUCUGAAUUGAGUUACUCUAAGAAAUAAGAAAGGAAGACGGCAUGGGAGGAAGUGUGUGUUCUCUAUCCUAGUCAGCAUGUGUGCAGCCUUACUGGGCUGAGCCUGGAUCACUCCAGUUAUCAAGAAAGGCAAGGGAGGGGCAGGCAAUAAUUCAAAGCAGAGCCAGAGAAACCAUUGGAAGCAUUGAGGAUAGAUUGGGGGUUGGGCGAACACAUAUACAGCAGGUGGUAAUGGGUUCACUUAGCUUGGAAAUGACUGCAACCUGUUCCCAUAAUACUUUCUGCAUGGGAUAUGCAGCCUUUUAGCUGUGCCGACACAUACGGAGCUUUUCCUAUGGAUGCCAAAAAUACAACUUGAAGUGGGUAAAAGUGGUUAGGAUCCCAUUGCCACCUGGGUUAAGUUCAUGGUCUCAGAAUUUUACGCGACAUGAUUUCUGUGUGCAGUAGCAAGGCUGAAGGGGCUCAGCGUAGCCAAAGGAUCCUGUUGCUGUGUACAGAAAGGGUUGUGAGACUGGGUCCAGUGGGCGAAGGGGCUGUCUCUGAGGAUAAACAUUUGAUUGUUCUCCUUUUCUCCUGUAGAUAAGAUGAGAACUCUUUGGCAUAAACUGCAACGGAAAAUAUUUAAUCUGUAUGUUAGGAAAACUCUAGCUGCCAGAUGGGUGGUUGCCUUGAGGCGCAAUGGUGUCUCUCUCACUUGGAGGCCUUUAAGAGCAGGUUGCAUAAGUUCAAAUCCCUGGGACGGGGCUCUGUUUCUGUGAUGUUAUUGAGGAGACAGGGUGACCAAGCUGUGACAUAUGUUCCUCGACAGACUGAGAGGUACUGCACAGGCCCCUGGGAUUCUUCCAGUUUGUGAAGUUUAACCCCCCACCCGGGAUUUUGGCAUGUCUUUGCAUGGUUGUGAAGACCUGGAAUUCCCGGGACACAUCUGCACCCAAUCUUUAUUUGCGCGUACGAGGCACAUCUUAUGAGCCUGUGGCCCACACUCUGGACAAACCACACAACUUGAGCCCAGGCUAGUCUCUGCCCAUCUGCUUGACCACAAGUGUGGACCGUACACUCUUCCUGGUGGAGUAAUUGUGUGGGGAUGUCCUGUAAGAUACUGUUCUUCCUUUUCGGGGAGACUGAUACAGGGACCAAGUUGGGGAAUUGUAAAGUCUCCUGUUCAAAUCUUGCCUUGAUCAUGAACAUACUCGGAAGAUGCUUUUUCUCAGCCUCAGCCCUCUGCAUAUUCAGUAUGGGGAUAAGAACUGACGCCCCAUUUAGAAUCACUAUAAGGAUUAAAACACGACAGUAUAUUUCAAGUGUGCAGAGCACUCAAAAGUGCUAUAUAAAUGUCAUGUAGCGAUUUGAGUGUUCCCGUGCUUGUGGAGCUGCAGCCGCAUUCACAAGAGAGAGAGAGAGGUAUCAGCAGGCAUUGUGUCAAAACAACAAGAAUGAAUUAUAGAAAACAGUUAGCAGAGAACAUUUAUCAUAAUCUGACAAGUGCCUGGGGGAGAGAGAUUUUUACUUGGUGUUGAAAAGUUGUUAAUAAUGACUCCCCCGGCAAGGUAUUCCACAAGCGGAGAGCCACAACUGAAAAGGCCCCUUCUCUCAUCACUGCCUUCUGAACCUCCCUCAAAACAGGCAAGCCUGCGGUGCUGUCUAUUGCACCCCUCUUGCAGGUUGAGGUUGGACUAAAGCAGAGAGUAGCUUACAGAAAACCUGCUGUGCAGUUUGUUGUUUUUAUCCCCGUAUUGCGGGCUGGGAGAGUCAUGUGGGAGGUGGGAAGAGUCCUUAAAAAUGUGAAAGGAAAGAAACCCAGACAAAACACGGCAAUUAGUGCUGUAAAGUUCACUGUUAAAACCCCUAUUGCAGGUUGGAAGGCUGUGCAGAGAGGCGGGGAGGGGGAGAGCAGCUUACAGGAGCAAUGUAUACUACUGUUAAUAUUGCAGGGUAAAGGAGGACUACUUGAACUGCUUCCUCCCAGGCCAGAGCAAACACUUAAUUGCUUGGAGAUGCCAUUUACUUGAAUGCAGUCUGCACUUCUUAAAUGUUAAAAUUUGAAAAAAUAAACACCUAAAAGUUGUUUGUGAAGCUAGAUCUGUCAGAGUAGAGAUGUCUUUCUUUGAUGCUAAGGCCAAGGUAACACUCCACCUCCCCCCAAGAUACGCUGUAACAUUUUCCUGCAGAAGAGAGAGAGAGAGAGAGAGAGAGAGAGAGAGAGAGAGAGAGAGAGAGAGAGAGAGAGAGAGAGAGAGAGAGAGCAAAUUGCUUGAAACACAGAAGUGCUAUCCAAAUGGUUUAUGAUUGACUAUGUUCAGUAGGAACUCCUGUGCAGUCCAGAGCCAUAGGAGAAAUGUUUGGGCGAAUCUGCUCUCCACACACACCCUAACUUGGACAAUCUGGAGUGACUUGGUAGAUAAGAACAGCUAAGGGCAGGGCCUGACCUAGGGGUGCGUGGCCUUUUGCCAAUGGCCUUUAGCUUCCCACCUGAGGUACAUCACAGUUGGGAACCUGUGGCCUCUCACAGCCACUGUAGCCACAGGAUGGUUAUUCUGGCUGGCAAGGGAGAAGUGCAGCGCCUUCUGUGGUAGAGACCAGUAGGAGAGAGACAUGUUUGGUUUCAGCUGGGGUAGAUAAAGGGGUCUGGUUGUGCUGCUGCAGAUGCACCAUGGCACUGCUUCUCUCUGCGUCCCUCCCAGCAGUCAUUCUUCCUCUGGUCACUGCUGUGGAUACAUGACUUGAGUAUCUGUCUCCAGGCACUGCAGUCGUCUGAAAGGAAUUCUCACACAGCGAGGUUGAUGUUGCCAGUCUCCACGUCUCAUUUGCAAACAUCUUUGUAACACAGAGUUGGUACCUGAAGCCAGCUCCCCAUAGAACAUGUCUUUGGGUAUCCUGCCAUCUUCCAUUCUGUAGACGUGACCAAGCCAGUGUAGACAUCGCUGAAACAAGAGUGCGAACAUACUUGGAUUGUGGGCAUGGGAGAGCCCAUCUUUGUUUGAGACUCUGUCCUGCCAUGCAAUGCCCAAAAUAUUUCUGAGGUGGCACAUGUGGAAGGCAUUGAGGCAUUGCUCCUUGUGGUUGUAGGUUGCCCAUGACUCACUUCCAUAAAGCAGCACUUGACACACAUACCUGGUAGACCUUAAUCUUGGUAUUGGUUGUUAGCAGCCCAUUCUCCCUUUUGGAGAGGUGAGCCAUUGCUGCCUUGUCAAUACACUUGUGCAGUUCAACAUUGAUGGAGACGUUGCUGGUUAUGGUGGAGCCCAGGUGGACAGAAUUGUCUCCCACCUCAAGAGUGUGGUCCCCAAUGCUGAUGUGUGGCAUGCUGGUGACGUCGUCCAACAACUCCUCGUUCUAAGGAUAUAGAGGGUGUCUCCAUCUGUGUCAGGGUCCUGCCCACACCACAAAAUUCAGCUUUGAAAUGGGAACUGGAAGUGAGAGCUCUGUGUUACUCUAGAACCAGGCAUUCCCAAACUUCGGCCCUCCAGAUGUUUUGGACUACAAUCCCCAUCAUCCCUGACCACUGGUCCUGUUAGCUAGGGAUCAUGGGAGUUGUAGGCCAAAACAUCUGGGGGGGGGCACAGUUUGGGGAUGCCUGCUCUAGACAUUUCUAAUCUAUGUGUAAGAAGAAUCCCGUGGAAAAUGAGUUCCCUCUUCUCUCCCAACCUGGACACAUAAGAGGAGGUGUGGAAAGGCAACUGUUUGUGCCACAUGGUGGAAGGUGCUGUAGGGAUCCAUGCUGACGGAUGUUGUUUUUAUUUGUGGCUGUGUGCUGCAUGUUUAUUCCAACCUUCCUCUUGGGAGCCAUGGGUAGCUUAUAUGGUUGUCACUUGCGUCCAUGAAUUGACCUACUGCGAGCUGCUUUGGGGGGCCAUCUUUGGCCAAAAGGUGAUCCAAAAUUAAAAUUGUUGUGCUUGUGACAAUCCUGCGAGGUAGGUUAGGCAGAAAGAUUACGAUUGGCCCAGGGUGCCACUCUGAGGAUUUUCAGAGAGUUGAUUUUGGGAUUGCUGUAAGAGCUUCUCUCUUAGGACCACACUACACAUUAACAGCUGCAUGUCCUAUAUGUCAGAAUGCGGAUUGUGCUGAAUUCUUAGAAAAAACAGUGAAUCAGUGAGGCACUCUAAAGUUAACUACCAAAGUCACAUUUCCCCUGAUAUUUUUGCCUUGGUGAGAAUUGCCUGAUGCCUCAGAGACCUACCAGGAGAAGCAUGGUGGGUGUGGAGUGAGAGAUGUGGGAGAAAUAUUCUGCACAUCUUUCCCACCCUCUUGCUUUUCUAGCUGACUCGUUUCCCACUAGGAAUUCAGUGGCAAGCGGUUUCUGACACAUGGGCCUGCCACCCUCACGUCUAGUUUGGCAGUUCUGUAAAUAAAGGUACCUGGGCAAGUCCCAGUUACAGUCAGGUAGCCGUGUUGGUCUGACGUAGUCGAAACAAAAUAUAAAAAUUCCUUCCAUCAGCACCUGAGAGACCAAGUAAGUUUGUCAUUGGUGUGAGCUUUCGUGUGCAUACACACUUCUUCAGAUACCAAGUCCCAGAUACUGCAGUGAUGGGCACUGUGUAAAUGGUUACAGUAAUUCAAGCUGCUGAGGUUUGUGGUGUCGGUAAUGAAAGAGGUGGAGAAAAUAUGCUGGUCUGCCCCCUGUGUGCAUUUUAAAUGUGAUUAUUUUAUAGAGACUAGAAUAGAUAGCAAGUAGGGUGCAGAAAACUUGUUUUCUUUCUUAUUUUGGGUUUCUGUUGCAUGUUCAACAUGGAGAAUCCUCUGCUAUCCUUAAAUCUUUUCAUGCCCACAACACACUCAUCACUAUUAUCAGAACGGUGUGGAUUCCACUUCAAAAAGAAAGGUGGAAUUCCACAGCCUGUAUAAACUUAUGUAAAUUGGACCUGUUGGUAUAAAUUAUCCUGUUCUGUCUGAUUUAUUCUGCUUCUGCAACUCAUGGGGGAAGGAGCCCUGUAAUGCAUGGAAACUCCAUCCCUGACCACAGGAAAUCUUGUCCAGCUCUCAAACCUGACCCCUUGAGCUUCCAUCAUGCACUAGCCACACAGUUCCAAACCUAUUUUCACAGCCAUAUGGACUAGAAACUUGAAUUUUAAACUGAGAUUCUCUUGAAGCUGAAUUCUGUGCUCACAUUGAACUGCUGUGUACACAUAGCCCUCGCCUUCCCCAGUGUUUUUUUUUUACAGACAAGCAACUGAGGCUGUGACACUUUUUCUUUUGCACAUGGCUGAGCAGGGAAGGGAUUUGAAUUGGGAUCUCCUGGUACUAAGGCAGGCUCCCGACAUCUUACCUUGCAUGUCUCCAUAUUGUUGUAUGUCCCCUUGGUACAUUUGCCAAAGGAAAAUGGGGUGCACACUUAAGAUGAGCAGGGUCUGUUCGGUGCUUCCUGUUUUUUGUGACAGGCCCCAUGUGGUACACAUCUCAGCGUGUGGAUCAUCCUGUGGCUUGUGCAAAUCUGAAUUUCAAGGGGGUUCUCUAGGCCGUUUUGUCCUGCAACCAGCUUUAUAAGCCAGGCCAGGCUUGAGGCUGUGCAGAAGCCAUAAAUUCCAGGAAACUCCCUGCGAGGCGCAUCUCAGUGGGGAUUUGGGGUUGGGGGAGGAGGCAGGAUGAAGCCACACUUCCUGCCUUGUGUGAGCAGAUCUGUCUGCAGCCAGCAGGACAGGAAGAGGAAGAGGGAGCACUCAGGCCUGUUCUGAAGAUGUUUGUCCUCAAGAAAAAUAAGGAGGGAGGGAGGGAGGGAAGGAAGGAAGGGGUAGAGCAACUGUCCAAGGGCCUGUUUGGGGAAGGGAGGCCAGGGUCCAGACCCUCAUAACUUUUUGGCUUCAGGCUGGUACCCUGAAAAUGAAGGGAUUGCUGGGGAAUGGGUGGAAAUGAUAAAUAAGCCUGCUAGGGUGCUUCUCCAUUUUAGAAUGGUAUGUGUAAUUUUGUUGUUGCUCCCAAGCAAGACAAGAAGACUCAUAAAAGGGCAGCUAAAAUGUCCUGGUCGGAAUGGGUGGGUUGUACUUUUCCUUAUGAAGAACAGCUUGAAACCAUUCAGCCUUUGCAGGAUAAAUGAUGAACGAAACAAUGAAUGGGUUAUGUUACCCACGUUUAUAAAGUCAUGAGUAGGGAGAAAAUGCUUCCUUUGGGUUCUCUUCAGAAAUGGAUAAGCAGCAGGUGGACACCAAGCAGGAGGGAGCAUCACUUUACCCCGUAUCUGAAUGACUUGUGCCAACAAGAGAGGGGCCAGUUUUCUAAGGCAGGCAGUAGCAGAUACUUAGGCAUUAGCUUUCCAGGAGUCUGAAAAAAAUGUUUGAGGAGUUCUAAGAAAGACCAACCUUUUUUUUAAAAAAAAAUGUGUCCAGGCAACAUUUUUUUCAGCCUUGCGUAUAGAACUCAUUGCCACAGGAUGUUGAGAGAGCCAAUAACUGCUUUUUAAAACAGGUUAGAUAUAUGAGUGAAGUAUAGAUUUAUUUGUCAGAAGCACAGCCUUUCUCUGCAGAGGCUGUAUACUCCUGGCUGCCAGAUGCUAAAAGCUGAAAAGAGAUAAGGGGGUUCAGCUCCCAUGCCCUCCCCAAAAUCCUCACUGGAUUAUCUGGACUGAGGCUCAUUUGCAGAGGUAGGUGGGCCAGCAAUGGUCUGAGCUGCCUUUGAAAAGCUGUUCAAAGUCAAGGCUAAACAGAGCAAAAAACAACAACUCUGUGUUCAUAUGCCCAGUGGCUCUAGCCCAUUAUAGGGAUGUGGUCUGUCUAUCAUUUCAGGAGGAAAAAGGCAGACAGAAAACCCAUUAAAGCAAAAAAUGCCUUGGAACAGGGGCUUGCAUCGAGUCCUGCUCUGUCAGCCCUUGCCGCAGGGGUCUUUUAGGGAGGGGUCCCUCUGCUUUUCCGUUUGUGCAGGCUCUUAACUGCCUUUAUGGUGACGCUGAUGAUUUUGAAAUCUUGUGGCUGACCUUUCCGGCUCUGGAAGCCAUCCAAGGCCUGUGCCUUAAAGCACAGUGAAGGUUAGGAAGGAGGGAGGGAGAGGAGAGGAGAGGAGAGAAAGAGGGUGCACACAUGAGAAUGUCCUCUUGACCGCGGGAGUGGGAGACAGGAAUGCAAUCAAUUCCAUAGGAAGUUCUGUGGAGAAGCCAGGCGAGUUUUUCUGCGACCUUUGAGAGGGUGUGUUUGUUCCCCUUCCAGCAAAUAAGAACCCUUAGACAGAGUAUUAUUAUUCAGCUGGCAGACCGGCAGGAGCACCCUCAAACAGUCACCUGCCACCUGUGGCACCAGGAGAUAAGACGAUAAAAAACACGAUUUGCCAGAAACAUCCCCUGCACAAAGUUCGUUGGCCCAUGCAGGAGGCAAGAAAGGAUGUACCUCUUGUUCACUUCAGCGGAGCCUCUGCAGUGGGAUCCCCACCCAUAUCAGUUUGUACUUGGCAAGACAAACCAUCUCUCAACACUUUGGUGGGAUGAACUGCUCCCUUUGCUGUUGUUCAGCUCCAGAGGUGAACAACUCUCUGGAUUUGUGGGAGCAGUGCAGCGUGAAUGACAAGUGUGCACCCUUAAAUACUCCUCUAAGGGCACCUGGGAGCCUCACAGAUGCUCACCAUUAUGUGUAGAGAGAGGUGCAUUUUUUGCUAAGUUUGGUGUUUUUCCUGGUGUGGCAACCAACUUGCUAUGCAAAGUGUGGACCACUUUUGCUACUGGGCCGUUAUGGUGAGGAUCACUUUCCGUUAUUCAGCACCAACAUCUGAUUCUUGGAAGUCUGCUGCUUCUGAAGAAGCAAGCUUCUGGAUAGAAAUAAACUGUGUUUGUUCAAAUAGCAAGUUCUUGUGGCGCCUUAGUGUGACAGUUGCCUAGAGGCUCAUUGCACGAUGAACUGAUAAAUAUAACAAAUGAAUAUAAAUAUUUAUUUAUUGCAGCAGAAAUUCUCAUGGACUAGAGUCCACAUGAUCAAGUGCCUGAACUGGGGGAAUGAAUUAGGGAGGCUCACUGUCUUCUCUCUCUCUCUCUCUCCCCCCGCCUUCCCACCAGCAUUGGGGUAAUAAUGCCAGCCUGUCUUAUGCAGUUGUUGUAAGAUCAUUGUGAUAAUGUAUGUGAAGUGCUUGGAGCAGUUGGAAAUAGCAUUAAAUAUUAGUAUAACCAUCAGUAAAAAUAAUUUGUUAAAUAGGACUUUAAUAGCAUUUUAAUGGGGGCAUUUUAUAUGCAUUUUCUAAUUUUACUUUGCUGCUUUUCUCUCCACAUAUCCUGUUAAUAUCAUUUCUGUGUUGGGUUCCUCUCGGCCAAGGCUGGGGAACCUCUGGCCCGCUAAAUGUUGUUGGGCUUCAACUUCCACAAUAAUUGGCUAUGUGAGCAUGCAGCUUUCACUUGUCAGGUGGGGCUUGUGGCACAAUUAACUAUUAUUUCCUUAUGGUCCCAUCUUCUGCCACACUUGUCUCUGGGCCUGUGGUCAAGCUGCUUUCCUCUCUGUGGUUGUUUGCCUGAGAGACUCACUUCUGUAGACCCGUGUUUAAGGUGAGCGGAUGGAGGUUACUCUCCACCCAGUUUCAGGCCAUAUGUGAUUUUCUCCCCAGGGGAAGAUCCUUUAUUGCUAGCCAACUUGUUGGCUCUACACUCUUGAGUAACUAUUGUCACAAAUAAUAGAAACAGGGGUUGCCAUAUGUCCUCUUUUUCCUGGACACGUCCUCUUUUUCAUGGGUAGAGCUGUCAUAGUGAUCCGUAGUUAAAAGUAGAAGUUGGCAAACGUGUCCUCUUUUUUGCUCUUCAAAAUAUGGCAACCCUAUCAGGUAGGCAUGCCAAAGACACAUAUCUCUUUGCUAAUUAAGAAAAAGUGGACUGGGAGUGGGGAGUGGGAGAAUGCAAGUUGGUUGUAUUGCUUUUAUAUUUUGAUACAGAAAAAUUGAACACAAAAAACAUGCAGAAUAAAACCAUACUGUAUUCAGAACUAAAAAAAUAUCAGUUUCCCCCCACCAGCAUCCACUGACCCUCCCUUCCCCAGAGAGCUUAAUGUCCUCAGCACAACCAAAGCAUAUUCAUAGUACUUGGUUACAGCAGGAUCAGCGGUAUGAAAGGAAGGGAGAGGGAGUCAGUGCAAACACGUAUCAGGCCUAAAAGAGCCAAACAGAUUUGUAUUGGAUUGGAACCAAUCUAUUGCCACCUUAUGCAUUUACAUAGUCAGUAAAGGAGUGCUUUCGCCCACAAAUGGAUCUCACUUUCUUGGGCCGCUUAAGUAUUCUCAUUUGCAGGCAAGGUUUUAAAAUAAAGGCACUCCCCAAACCCUUCGCUACCAGUAAUCCAAAAUAGAAAAUUUUAAGUUCUUCUAGAAUUUGACUAUGGUGGAUCAGAUGUCUGUAUUGUGUUUUUAAGCACUGGUAUAGUUAGUUCCAGAGGGCAAUUCAUGUUAGUCUCUUGUAGCAAGCAUUCAGAUUUUUGAGGCAGCUUAAGGACUAGUAAAUAUAUUAUGGCAUAAACUUUUGUGGAUUCACAGCCUUGGGUCUGACUAAGUGGGCUUGUGUCUGUGAAAGCUUUUGCCAAAAUAAUUUUGUCAGUCUUUAAGGUGUCACGUGAUUCUUUUGAGAGCUUUUGCUACCAUUACUGAGGUGUGUUUUACCGGGAAAAAAAUACUGCAAAAGCUCUUAAUAUGUACUGGAUUUUGUGAGUCAUAUAUCCUCAAGUAGUUUUUUCUUGCUUGCUGAGGGUCUUCCUUAAGCCCCCUCCCCCCGGCACAAACAUGAAAUGGCACUACUGCUGAUUCUUUGGCUAUGACUUUCUUGAAAUUUUCCCUCAAUAUGCAUCUCCUUCAUCUAUCGGUCCUUGAUCCUCUCUUGCCCAUCCUUGCUUCAUUUAUUCUAUUUUAUUCUUCGGUUUCUUUGUUUUUACUGCUGUUCUGCCCAAAACAGCCACGUCCAUUUCUUGCAUAUUUUCAAAAACUUCUAGGCAGAGACCGCAUCACAUCCAUAGUCUGGCACCCGGAUGGCACUAGAGAAAUGUAAAAGAGCAGCAUCGUAUUGGCCGUGUACCGGUAGUUGCAUUCAGAUGUGGGAGAUCCCAGGGUCAAAUCCUACUUGGCCAAGAAGGUCCCCAAAUGACCUUGUGUGGGUCACACUUUCUUAAUCUACCACCUGGGAUUGUUGGAAGGAUAAACAAGAUAAGACUUAGACAUGAAUGUUGUGUGCCCUGACGGGGUGAUGGCAGGGAGAUGCUGCAGAGGGGACUAUGAGUAAUAUCCAGCAUACAGGAUCUCCUGGUUCUGGAUGAGACAUCGGUGAGCAGCGAGGACUUUGAUAUGAGUGACUCCACAUGGAUGUCAGCUGACCAGCAUCUUAACUCCAGUUUGAGUCCUAGCCAGGAGGAAGGGAUGCGCAGCCCGCAGAACAUCCACAGCCAGGAGGAUGACGAUUCCUCCUCAGAGAGCUGCAGCGGGAACGGCUCCUCGACCCUGAACCCGUCCACCUCCAGCAGCACUCAGGGGGAUGCCGCCUACCCAGAGAUGAACGGGAAUGGAGCUGCCGUUCCCAUGGAUUUCAGUGCCUCCUCUGAGGACCAGCCCAUCAACCUGUGCGACAAGCUGGCACCUGCCCACGUCACCCCCUCCUACCAGCCGGAAAGUUGCAGCGCCGAUGGCCUGCGGAGCCGUGCAAAAUAUGCAGCCAAAAGCACAGCCGAGUCGCCUCCGUACAGCUCUGGCAGUUACGAUUCCGUCAAGACUGAGGUCAGCGGCUGCCCUGAAGACCUGACGGUGGGCAGAGCUCCAGCCGCCGAUGACGAUGAUGAUGAGCAUGACGACCACGAGGACAACGACAAGAUGAACGAUUCGGAAGGAAUGGACCCAGAGCGGCUAAAGGCCUUCAAUAUGUUUGUACGCCUUUUUGUGGAUGAGAAUCUGGACCGCAUGGUUCCCAUCUCCAAGCAGCCCAAAGAGAAGAUCCAGGCCAUCAUUGAAUCCUGCAGCAGGCAGUUUCCAGAGUUCCAGGAGCGAGCUCGCAAGCGCAUCCGCACUUACCUCAAAUCCUGCCGCCGCAUGAAGAAGAAUGGCAUGGAGAUGACCAGGCCCACCCCGCCCCACCUGACCUCAGCCAUGGCCGAGAACAUCCUGGCAGCCGCUUGCGAGAGUGAGACGAGGAAAGCAGCCAAAAGAAUGCGGCUGGAGAUCUACCAAACGUCACAGGAUGAGCCGGUUGCCCUGGACAAGCAGCACUCCCGGGAUUCAGCUGCCAUCACUCAUUCGUCCUACACACUGCCAGCCUCUUCUUUCUCCCAAGAUCCCGUCUAUAUCAACGGGAGCCUGAACUACAGUUACCGGAGCUACGGAAGCCUCGGAGGCAGCCUGCAGCCUGCCUCCUCGCUCCAGACAGGGAAUCACAGUAAUGGCCCCACUGACCUCAGCAUGAAAAGUGGGGCGCCCAGUACCCCCACCCCUGCCACCACCAACAGCACGAACAGGGGGGUGCCAGCCGCCCAGCUCAGCCCCACGGAGAUCAGUGCGGUGCGGCAGCUGAUCGCCGGCUACCGGGAGUCCGCAGCCUUCCUCCUCCGCUCUGCAGAUGAACUGGAAAACCUCAUUUUACAGCAGAACUGACUGCUGGCCUCCCUUUGGCUCCUGUGCCAGAAGACACUGUCCUUUGUUUGCAGAGGGGCUCCCUUUGAUAAUCUGCUCAGGACUGGCCAUUCCUCUGCCUACCAACCACCUCCAAGCUGGCACAGGUUCUGACUUUUUUUUAUAAGGUGGGAUCCAAAAAGAUCUGUUUCUUCUUGGAGCAGGAGCCCAGGGCCUGAGGACCUGCCUUUCGAACCUGCCUGCGCCCAGUGCACUCCAACACCGACCCAAAGGAGCCGGCCUGCAGCCUGGAGAGAUGUAGGACUAUUUUUUGGGGGGGAGGAAGACGUUGGGGUGGGGAGAGCUGGGGGGGGAAUGGAGCUACAGGCACAGCCAGAAUUUACUUUUGUAGAGCCCCCUUUCCAGCACCUCCCCCCUCUCCUGCCUCUUCCAUGUCUUAGAAAUUCCAUAUUUAUUGAGAAACGGGCCCUCCCUUGCCAGGAUUUCUCCUCCCCUUCUCCCUCUCUUCCCUCACCCCGUGAUUUCCCUAACACCCCCUAAUUUAUUUUUCUUUCUUUUUUUGGAAAAUGAAUUUUUUGAGUUUGUACAGAUUUGCCACUUUUGUGUCUGUCAGAUGAGGAGGAGGUUUAAUCCUGCACCGUCACACAUUCCGUCCCGUGUUCCUGGGGGGCUGGAGGGCAAGGAUGAGGAGAUCAGCUGCAGACACUGCUUCUUCUCCCACUUUUUCACCAGGCAGCCCUAUGGCAGAAGCCGCAGGGCUCAGAGGCCAGCCCUGGCCCUGGCCCCCAGCCACUUCCAGUUAGCAGGACUUGCUCUGGUCACUUUAAAGGAAAAGCCCCUGGGGCCCAAAAGAGAAGCAGCUGCUGCCCAGCCUUCUUCCUCCACACUCUACCUCACUCUGCGUUGUGGUUUUUUCCCAGACUCGGGGAGAGUCAGUCGUCCACCCUCAGGGGCAUUUGAGCCAGCAGACCAGGCCUGUUCCUCGCUGUAGGGGGCAACUCUGCCCUUCCUAACUUCGUUUUCUUUGGGGAGGGGCUCGCUGAAGGCAGAGUUGCAUUAGCUACAUGAAGGGGAAAGGGAAGGGACGAAAUGCAGCUUCCUGUUCACGUCAUUCCUGGAAGGUUUUUGUUUUUGUUUUUUUAAAAAAAGGCUUUUUUUGCAGCCAACUAGGCAAAGGACUCCUGCAAGAAGCCCAGUUUCUGAUGCAUGGAUGGAACUGGGCUGAGCCAUUUCUUUCUCCCCUCAAGUUCUCCUUCCCACAGCCCCACCCAUGCCUCUCCACCCACGAAAUGCACUUGCUUUUUUGCUCAGUGCAAUAUUUUUUCAGCGCUGCUAAAAUCAGGAAUGGAGGAGAUGAGGCAGCCGUGCCAGGCCAUGAGAAUGGCUCAGUGCCAGCAGAAGACACCAGAAAACCCAGGGCCUCAGAGAUGGGGUGAAUUGGCUACACCUCCUCUCUGCCCCCCAGCUUCCCCAUGAUGCCACAGCUUGCUAGGGAAAGCGCUACAGAGUACCAGCCCUUGCGAAGUUUAGGAGAAAUUUGCAGCAGCAGCAGCACUCCUAAGUUCCUUAUUGGAAGCUCCCCCAUUUAGGGUCCAUAGGCCAGGAAUACUGGGCCAUUUUCCUAUUGGAACUGAGCUUCUUUUUAUUCGCCUUGUUUCAGGAGGUGAAAGAAAUCCAACACUCCAUUCCUACACCCAGUUUGUAUGGAAACAACUUUAGCUUGAGAGGAAUUUUCUUCCCGGUAUAUUUGCUUGGGAUCAGACUAGGUUUUAAGCCACAUUUUGUACCCAAGACGUUCUCAGGAACCAACUACUGCAGACCCUUGGCAGUUGCGGCUGUUCAUGGCUCGGUUGCAUUGUUUCUCCACGAGCGUGGCUUUGUUGCACAUGAGAAUUCCUGAUCCUAGUUCACAUCCCCAGAGUUUCUCUAUUUUGAGUUCCACCGAGUGACACCCCAGGGGUUCCAGGGAAGCAGGGGACGGCCUUUUGGCGAAAGGCCCUCCUGCCAGCCCCACUUCUCUCUUGAUUUCCUCUGCAGCAGAGAACACCCAGGUGUGCGAGAUCUGCUGCUUCUCCCUCUGAACUUUGAUUUUCUGUAAAUAUUUAUUAUUGUGAAAGGCCCAGGAAAGAACCAGUCCAUACCACACUGCUUUUGUGCAACCCUGAACGUUGAAAGUGUGGCAGAGACAAUCGCUGUCCUUAAUAAAAUCCUGGUGUUCAGUUUUGUCAUGUGCGGCCUUCGCAUUGCUGGAAGCACCACCAGGAGCCAUAGCCAUGAGGUGGGGGGGGGGCUGUUUACCCAAGAGAGCAGGCUGCUUAGGUAAAUUCUCCCCCACCCCACCCCACCCGGGUGUAACUUUUUAGAGUCCUCUUCACUAGAUCACUUUGGAACUUGGCUUCGUGUGCGUAUUUUGCUGCUUUCGUUUUUAAAACCACUGGUUAGAAUGUUUUGAGACUGAUCUGAUAUGGUUCAUGGAAAGAGACCCAAUGGGAAAGCCAACCGGGGCUCACAACCGACAUCAGGGUUGGGUGGAGUUCAGGUAAGUAUAGCAUCUGUGGUCACAUUUGGGCCACGGAAGCCAUCUUUUGUGUGUGUGUUUAUAGCUCUAAUUGUCUUAGGACAUCUCUGUGGUCUUCAGCCGAUGAUCCCCAUUGAGUAGGGACCCCGAUUCCUGCAGAAGGCCAGCCUAUCUGUUCUUAAAAACAGGACAAGAGCCCACAGAACUGGAUAGGCUGGCAGGUCUUUUUUUACAAAAACCAAGGAGAAAUCUCCACCCACAAGUUCCUUCCCCAUAGCAGCAUUUUGGGCCAGGGAAAGGCAUUCGCAGGAUUCAAAGUAGGAAACCCCCCCCCCAACAUUCUCCCAACACUGGAAGGCCCUCCCCUCUCUCAUAGACGGCUGAAACGUUUAGUACCAGUUCAUUUACGAGAAAUGCUGCUUUGAACUCAGAGAGUUAAAUAAGAUUUUGAUUUGUAAUUUUUUGUAAAACUUUUUACAAGGUAGCCUAGUGAUUUCACCAGAAUACCAACUACAAUCUGUCCAUGGUCUGAUUUUUAUAUAAUUUAGUGGUGCUUUAGAGAAAGUUCGGUUUGGUUGUUGUUUCAGAGCUGUACAGCUCAGUUCUUCGCCUGUAUCUACCUAAGACCAAUGUGAACCUUUGUACUUUUUGCUCCUGACUUUGGACUCAGUGAAAGUGUACUGUUUACAUGUACAGAACUCCCAGCACAUCCCGUGUUCUGCAAGACCUGCUCUUGGUGAGACACCCCCUCACCCUUGUCCAUCUGCUUAGCAGAGCCACAGACUCUCUCAUCGGCACCCUGACCAUCUCUGUGCACAAGCGCACAUGCCCACCCCACUCCUGGGAUGUGCUGCUGCAACCCAAAGGGUUUGUACACAAGCCAUUCCAUGGUCUCCAGCGACCAGAUCAGUUAUCGGGAUCUUUAAUACGGUAGGACUAAGGUGAAAGCAAACAGCUAGAAUCUCCCUCGCUAAGUCAGCCCACAGGAUGGCACUACUUAAUUCUGCCUUCUGCUCCCUGAGCACCAAGGCACAAGAAACGGGGGCUGUGGGGCAUGCAUGACCCAGGAACGAGACCUCCAGCAGCUAUUGACAAAGCCCAAGAGGCACCCACACUUCCCUAGAGACGCUAGAGGAAGGAAAUGGCACUUAAAACCAGCUUGAGAAGGUGACACUUUAUGGCUUAAAUCUGUUGAAUUCUUAAAAAAGACCUUCCCUGACAGGCACCUAUGCAACUCCAUGUGGCUCUUCUAAGCAGAUGGGCACUUCCUCCUCCAUGUGCUAUGGAAAUACUUUUGUGUUAUAUACAGUGGAUCUUUUUCCAGUAAAUGUGGCUUAAUAUUUUAAUUCUUAGAACGUGUGUUUGUUCUAUGUAAUGCAACUUAAUUCUGUUCUGUUUGUGAAAUGAGUAGCACAGGCCAAUCUCCUUGUCCCAUUCACUUAAAAGACCAACGAGCUGUUUAAAUCGAGCGGUUCUUUCCAUCCAUGGUAUUACUUGCUAAAUGCACUGAUUUCAUAAGUAUGUGGAAUUUUUUUGAGUCUGUAUAUCAUAUUAUAAGACUGAAUCUACUUAAUAAACACUGUAUAACAAACAGAAAUGCAUCUUCUAGUUUCCAAUAUGGCUCUCCCAAGCAGCUGUAGACUUCUCCCAUCUGUAGGCCUACACAGAACAGUGUUCUGGUCCAAUCUAUUAUUAUUUUAAUUAAUUAAGUGUCCUCCCUUCACUCUUAAGGCCCCAGGAUGAGUUACAUUACAUUACACCAGUUUAAAACAACUUCUGAACAAAUAAAUAUAUGCACCUCAUGCUAAAAGCCAGGGUAAACAGGCACCUGUCUUCAGCAUUUGCUGUCAGUUUUAUAAUAAAGUUGCUAGGUGCACCUCUGGGUGCGGGGAGGGAGUUCCAUAGCUUAAAGGCCACCACAGAGGCCAUCUCUCCGUCUACCACCUUCCAGGCCUCUUAAGGACAGAGGAACUACCACCAGGAGGCCUCGUCUACCAAUCUCAGCACCUGAGGUGGUCUUUUGGGUAUUUGGGGCCGGAGUCAUUGAGGGCUUCAAACACUAAUGUGAGCACCUUGAAUUGGGCCCAAAACUAAACUGGCAACCAGUGCAGCUGUUUCAACCGCCGUUAAAAGUAAAGGAGCCCUGACCGUUAAGUCCAGUCACGAAUGACUGGGGUUGCGGUGCUCAUCUCGCUUUACUGGCCGAGGGAGAUGACGUUUGUCCGCAAUUUUCCCCCGGGUCAUGUGGCCAGCAUGACUAAGCUGCUUCUGGCGAAACCAGAGAAGCGCAUGGAAACGCCGUUUACCUUCCCACCGGAGCGGUACCUAUUUAUCUACUUGCAUUUUGACGUGCUUUCGAACUGCUAGGAUGGCAGGAGCUGGGACCGAGCAACGGGAGCUCACCCCGUCGUGGUGAUUCGAACCACUGACCACCUGAUCGGCAAGCCCAAGAGGCUCAGUGGUCGAGACCACAGCGCCACCUGCGUCCCUUAACACACGCUAUAUGAGAGCUAAAUAGAACCCUAGCCAGUAAUGUAGCCACUGCAUUUUUGGACCAACUAAAGUUUCUGAGCUGUCUUCAAGGGCAGCCCCAUGUUCAGUGCAUUGCAACAAUCCAAUAUGGCAGUUACCAGAGCAUGGAGUACGGUGGCAGAGUUAUCUCCCUCCAGAAGCGGUUGGAGUUAGUGAACCAGCCAGAGCUGAAAAAGGCAAUCCUGGCCACCAAGACUACCCAAACCUCCCGGCAGCAUUGAAUACAGGAGCACCCCUUCCACCUGCAAAUCUUUUCCUAGGGGAGUGCAGCCCCCCCCCCAGGGCAACUUCAGUGUGGGAUACUUUCCAGCAGGGAGCUGUGUUACUGCACUGCACAAGAAGCAAGUCUCAAUAACAUCGCUCCUUGCUAAUUACCAUGCA